UUCCUGAUUCUUGGCUUGUUUCUUUGUUUUUUUUAGAGGUUGAUCGAUGGCACUGUAUGGAUUCUCUUUGAAUCCUUGUUUAGAAAGCGUUGAAGUUUGUCAAUUCAAUGUCAAUUUGUCGACUACACUGAUUAGGCCCAGGUGUUUGCGGUUUAAUCGGAAGCCAGCUUGUUCCCUCAGAAGAAAUUUACAUGGAGUGCGAUGUUCAUCCGUAAGUAAAUCCGUUUCGUCCAAGGAAUCACAAGGGAAUGAUUCGGUUUCUAAAACGGCUUCUCCCGGUGAAGAAGAACCGGGGCAUGUGACGAGGUUCGAGAUGUCGGAUUUUAUGGUUCUUGAUCGUGUCAGCGUUGGACUAGCUGGCCGGGCGGAUGAGGUGAUUUUUGAAGCUAUAGUGAAGGAUUCGAGCAGUCCUUUGUAUAACUCGAGAGUUGUGCUUCGACAACUUACUAGUGCUCAAGCUCAACGCAGAGGAAGGCGCGCGAUUGAGGUGUUGAAAAAGCUUGUUGGUCGCAGAAUCCUCUACCAUUCUUACUCCAUGCAAGUUUAUGGUUAUGUCACAUCACAUAAAAGUGGUAGUCAUAGCUCAUUCACUCUGGUCCAUGGGUACCAUGGUAGCUUUUCAUUAAGACAUUGGCUUCAGCAACCCAAUUGGCUUCCAACUUUAGAAGCAACUCUUGCAUUGGAUGAAGAGUCUGUCAGGAGGGUAGGAGAUGACUCAGUUGGGGGACCAGCAGUUUCUCGUCAGUUGAGGCUUACUAGAAUAUUAAUGAGAGACCUCUUAAUUGGAGUAAACUACUUGCAUUGCCAUGGGAUUGCGCAUACAGAGUUAAGGCUGGAAAAUGUGCAUAUAAGUCCUAUUGAUAGACAUAUCAAGGUAGGAAUACUAGGAAAUGCUGCUGAUUUCUAUGAGAAUGGUCCCAGUGGAAGUGCACUGGAUAGCAAGGUGAACAGGAGACAAAUGAUGAUUGCAUUUGACAUGAGGUGUGUUGGAUUUAUGAUGGCAAAGAUGGUGCUAAGUGAACUCAUGGAUCCCUCAAUCUUCACAAAGUUCAAACAUUUCCUUAUGAUGGGAAAUGAUCCAUCAUGCUUGCGUGAAUUUCUUCUGCCAAUCCUCACUCGGAACUCUGCUACUGGAAAUGUUGGACUCCAGAUACUCGAUAGAAACUGGGGUGCCGGUUGGAACCUUCUAUCAUUGUUACUUACUGUCAAAGGUUCUAAAAGAAUAAGUUGCUUAGAUGCUCUUAGGCAUCCAUUUUUAUGUGGACCGAGAUGGCGUGUGGUCCCAUCCAUGGAUAUUAUCAGAUGGGGUCUUGGGUCAACUGCAGUGAGAAUCACAGAAGAGUAUAUCUAUCGCAAAGCUCAGCGUGGCAGGCUUGCCCAUUUUAUUGAAUUAAUGGAGAUGUUGAAUCCCCAUUCAAGGCCCAAGAACUGGUUGGAAUUUCUGCCUGGGAAAUGGCGUCUGUUAUACUCUACCGGAAGGCACAUAGGUUUAACUCUUCGCCAACCUCCCGUUCGUGUCCUCAUCGGCAACACAUACCUAACAAUUGAAAGAACUUCCAAGUCGAACACGAGCCUUUUGGUAACAUCUGAAAUUGGAUUCACAAUCAUGGUGGGACACGAUUGGCCCCAUGACAAAAGGGGAAUCAAGGGGAAACUGCAAGUGAACUCUUCAUCUCGUUUAAGAGCCGGGAAGCGACUAUAUCUUAAUGAGGCGGCAAUGGAAGGAUUCUCUUUGGGGCAAUCAAACUCCGAGAAGUUCAUAACCGAGAAACUAUCUAGCAGGAAAUGGAGAAAAGUGAUCCCCUUCACGGAAUUACCAUCGAAUCUUCCCGUAGCUAAGCUCCUUCCGGACAACGUCGAGAUUACGAUGACCCUCGAUGACACAUUGGAACAGGGUGUUAAUGCUGCAAACAUAGUUCAGGAAAUCCGGACACAGGUCCCCCCUGAAAUGUUCGAAUUGUCGAAUAUCGUGUGUGGAACAUAUGUUGACUCGAGGAUGCUUGUCCUCCGUGGUGUAAAUGGCUCGGCACUCAUAUUUACAAGGUCCUGUAGAGAUGAAAAGUUACAGGUAACAAAAUGAUAAUAAUAAUUUUGCACUCUCUUGAAGUGGUACAACUUAGCUAAAUGCCAUAUUCAAAUACCAUAGAGC